UUGAGGCUGGGAAGAAAGAAGCAGAGCGAAAGCUGUUCCGACCAUCUGGAAGUCAUAUCAUGGCUCAAAUUAUUUAGGUUCAUUUACCAUCUAUUAUGUCAGAAUCAAGAAGCUGGAUUCGAAGAUUGCAAAGGUCAGGAAAGGAAGAUGCAUUUUGUUCUUCAAGACAUAAGCACUGAAAGUCUAGAAGUUUCAACACCAGGAAAGGAUUCAUUAAGGAAUCAAGAACAGCAACAGAUAUCUACAACACCUUCAAAGGAUUGUGAAGAAUCUGCUCUUUCAGGAAGGAACUCUGAUAGCGGGUGUCCCAUCCUUGCGUUCCUUACUUUUGAGCCUGAUGGGAACUGGAAAAUUGUUGCAUUACCAGUGUGGUGUCUUGGUCACACUAAUUUAGCAUCUGGAGUAAUUAUGGAAGGCCUGCAACUUGUUCUCCCUCCGCCUCUUAAUGGGUCAAAAAUUGAUCAACAUAAGGGGUUAAGAUCAGCUGUACCUGACUAUGCUUAUUCCUUGAAAUCAUGUAUGGGAAGAAGCAAUGCUGGAUCAAAUGUCUACCGGCGAUGUCAAAAUAAGAUUGCAAGCCGAGCUGCUAAACUGAAUGAAAUCUCUGGGAAUUCUCGUUCCCUUCCCUUGAUCUCCAGUAAUUCCUCUGAUGUGUUUGCUGAUAGUUCUGUUGUAGUUAAUUCGUCUAAUACAUUCAUGAGUAAUUCCAAAGCAGACAAAUCUGUGAAGAAAAAUUCAAGAAAAAAGGCAAAAAAGAAAGGUAAACAGAGCAAGAAGCAAUCAAGUGAUAGUAGCUCAACUGAACCCGAAGUUCUUUCUGAGAUAUAUGAUAGUGCAAGUUUGGCUCCUGAAGCUUGUGGCAAUAAUGAUGUGGAUGAUGAGAACAUGCUUAUUUCUUGCACAAAUGGAUCGGAAUUUUCAUCUUCUAGUGAUAAAUCAAUACGAAACGAUUCUGAAAGGGAUGGGAUGGAUAACAGAAUUAAUCUUGCUGAAGCACCAAAAACUUGCACAUCUGGUAUUGAUGACGUGGAGUUGCCAGAAGCUACAAUACCUAUGGUUCAGAAAUCUACUGGAGAAUCUGCCAUGUGUAACUCAAAGAAUCAGCUUCAAAACAAUGGCUCUGAAUUUGCAGACACUGAGGGAAACACAAAGGACAUGCAACAGAAUCAUUCUGCCUUGUAUCCUGAAGGUUUGCUUGAUAUGCCAGACUCUUUGGCGUUGGAUUCAGUUUCUGUAGCUUCAAACAGUGAUGAAAGUACCAAUGCUGGAGUUGUUGAAAAGCAAUCCGGCAUGGCAAGUUGCAGAAUCAGUUGUUCAGAACCACCUGUUUCAAAGUCAGAAGAUGAAUAUCUCGCUAGCCAAGGCUUAUCAAAUGCUGUUGUUAAUGACUUUGACCAUAAUGAGGGAGAUAGGUACAGUGCUCAGAACUCCAGCUUUGGUGAUAAGAAAGUUAAGCAAAGGAGAUCAUCCCAGAGUUGUGUCAACAAAAAUGGUGCUGGAAAUUUCCAUUGCCGUACAGGGAAAGAAAACAGCCAUUCUGUCUGGCAAAAGGUUCAAAAGAAUAAUGCUGAUGAAUGCAAUGGUGAUUCAAAGAAAGUAAAUGCAACUUUGUCAGUGUGUCAUUCCUUUUUGAAAAAGGCUCCUUCUGUUAACAGGAACUGCAAUGCUGAUUGUGCAAAUAGUCUAUCUCAAACAGAUAAUAAGAAACACUCAAAAAGUCAAGUUAAUCGGAAAUCAAAAGGUAAAAUGGAUUCAGAUUCAAAGAAAGGAUACUGCAGUUAUUCAAGGAAGGCUGUUUUCUUUAAUGACAGGUCUAUCUUUAAUGACAGUGCAGAAGUUGGUGUUCAACUGAAUGACAUGCCGCAUGCCUCGUCUCAAGAAAAUAGUCAAGAAGUAUCAAGCAGGGUCUCUGAAUCUCAUUCUCAUUUUAAUUCUCCAAAGGUUGAACUUGAAACCAAAGGAAAUCAACAGAUAACAUCUGAAUCAGUUGACAAUGCACAGAUUCAUCUGGAGGAUUCUGAUCUACCAAAAGGUGUCUUGCGUAACUUUUCGACUUUGAAGAAUCAAAAUACAGAGAAUCAGAAUAGCUCGUUGUCAGCACCGUCUGAUGACAUCGACCAAUCUAGUGUGUCUGAGGAGCAGUCUCCACUUCAUUCCCAUCUCUCAGGUCAUGACGUUGGUCAAACAGAGAAAGAAGCUUCUUCUGCAGCUUACAAUGUGCAAAACAGCAGUUCUGGAUCUAUCCUCUGGAAAUGGAUACCAAUUGGGAAGAAGGAUACAGGGUUGGCCAUAUCUGGAUCUGAUAGUUCUACCCCCGAGUAUUCUGACAAACCAUCGCAUGAGGAUUCUACAUUGGAAAUUGAUGCUGAACAAAAAGAGGUCUACUUUUCAGAUAAGGUUUCUCUAUUAAAUGAAAGCAAUGGUGAACCGAAAGAGGUCUCCUUUUCGGAAAAACAGGUCUCUAUAUCAAAUGAAAGUGGAACAUGCAUGGAUCAGAUUUCCAAUAGUUUUUCUUGCCUAGAUAAGGAUGAGAAUAAAGAAUUGGGAAAUCGGGUAGCGUCUAAUCUAUCGUAUCACAAGGACAAGCCUGCAGUUGAUAAUUACUUAAUUUAUGAAUGUGAGCAUCAUGAAGCGUCAGAACAUUAUUCAUUCAGAAUUGCUCAAGCAAUAAAUGAUGCUCGUAGAGUACAACUAGCAUGUGAAACUGUUCACAUGGCCACUGGUAGCCCAAUUGCAGAGGUAGAAAGACUACUUCAUAAAUGUAGUCCUUUUAUCUGCCAGUCUUCCCAUUCGCUCCGUUGUUUGACCUGCUCACAAGACAAUGCUAAUGGUGCCACACUGUGCAGACAUGUGACACCUGACCUAACUUUGGGAUGCAUGUGGCAGUGGUAUGAGAAACAUGGGAGCUAUGGGUUAGAGCUAAGAGCUCAGGAUUACACUUCAAGGAGACUGGGAGGCAGUCAUGUUCCCUUCCGUGCUUACUUUGUUCCUUCUUUAUCUGCAGUUCAGCUAUUUAAAUACCAGAAAGUUCAAUGUAUCCCUAGCAGAGACAAAUUUUGUGAUUGUAAUAUUUCAGAGGCUUGUGAAAUCAGGGACAUGUCUGAACACUCAUCUUCCAGUCAACAUCCAAAUUUUUCUGUACACUUUCCUCAGCUUCAGAAUCAGGAUGCAAACAUUCCAAUUCCCAAAAGUCAGAUGCAUUGUUCUGAACUAUCUCCAUUUGCUGCAGAUAAUGGGUCUGUUUCAUCUAUCAACUCAUCAUAUUGUGGUGACUCAGAGCUUCUUUUUGAAUAUUUUGAAUCUGAACAACCCCAGCAAAGGCAGCCGCUAUAUGAGAAGAUACAGGAGCUGGUUAGCGGUUGUGUGUCAUCGCAGUCCAGGGUGUUUGGGGAUCCAACUAUACUGGACUCAGUAAACUUGCAAGAUCUUCACCCUAGAUCCUGGUACUCUGUGGCAUGGUAUCCAAUAUACCGCAUACCACAUGGCAACUUCCGUGCAUCUUUUUUGACUUACCAUUCAAUUGGACAUUUGGUUCAUAGAGGUUUAAAGAGUGCUUCACCUACUUUAGAUUCUUGCAUAGUUUCUCCAGUUGUGGGUCUUCAAAGUUAUAAUGCCCAGGGUGAAUGCUGGUUCCAGCUGAAUCAAUCUGCACAAGCAGCAGAAAUGCUGGGCCUAAACCCUUCUGUACUUCUUAAAGAGCGAUUGCGUACUCUCGAAGAAACUGCAUCUCUGAUGUCAAGAUCUACUGUCAAUACUGGGAAUACAAUCCGCACGAGCAGACAUCCUGACUAUGAAUUUUUCCUCUCUAGGCGGCGCUAGUGAGAUGCGGUAGUUUUUUAUUUUUCGCAUCAUAGUUGAUCGAGUGGUGUAGAGAUGCAAAUAAUUUUGGCUGCCUUCAAAUAGGAUCUGAUCUCAAGUAGGAACUAGAAGUGGCCGACCGAGUUGCUUGCAUCCAAGGCUGAAUAAUCCAUCUGUAAAUAACACAGUCCACCCCCCACUUCCCCUUUUUGCUCUUAUUUUAUCUGGUACUGAUCUAGUUCUUCCUUCUCUUGAUAGAAACUAGCAGUUUUACUGGAAAUUUUUCUAUAAUAAAUCAGUUCAUAGUUCUUA